GAAUUUUCGAGCAUAUUUGGGUUAUCCAAACCGCGAAAAUUUCGAAUCUCUCCGGAACUCUCGCCGAUCUAGCCUUCUCCGGCCCCAAGAGCGCCGAUCUCCGAUCUCCGAGCUAGGGUUCCUGGAAAUGGCGGCGGAGCAGGGGCAGUGGUUGCUGAUGGCUACGGCCAGGUCCCCGACCAACAUAGCAGUGAUCAAGUAUUGGGGCAAGCGUGACGAGGCGUUGAUCCUUCCAAUCAAUGAAAGCAUCAGCAUCACUCUCGAUCCUGACCACCUCUCCGCCACCACCACUGUCGCCGUCAGCCCUAGCUUCGAUCGCGACCGGAUGUGGCUCAAUGGCAAGGAAAUUUCGCUUGAUGGAGGGAGGUUCCAGAGUUGUCUCAGGGAAAUUCGUAGACGUGCUGAGGAUGUUGAAGACGAGAAGAAGGGAAUUCAUAUAAGGAAGGAAGAUUGGGAGAGAUUGCAUGUACACAUUGCUUCGUAUAACAACUUCCCUACUGCUGCAGGCUUGGCUUCUUCAGCAGCAGGCUUUGCUUGUCUUGCUUUUUCCCUUGCAAAGCUUAUGAAUGUGAAGGAGGAUUGUGGUGAGCUUUCUGCAAUUGCAAGGCGAGGAUCAGGGAGUGCAUGCCGUAGUUUGUUUGGUGGAUUUGUUAAAUGGACUAUGGGAAAUGUAGCUGAUGGAAGUGACAGCACUGCAGUUCAACUUGCCAGUGAAGCACACUGGGAUGACCUGGUUGUUAUCAUAGCAGUGGUGAGCUCCAGGCAGAAGGAAACAAGUAGCACCUCUGGUAUGCGUGAGAGUGUUGAAACAAGCUCGCUUUUGCAUUACAGGGCCAAGGAGGUGGUCCCUAGUCGAAUUUUGCAAAUGGAGAAAGCUAUUAGCUGUCGUGAUUUUGCAACUUUUGCCAAGUUGACCUGCGCAGACAGUAAUCAGUUUCAUGCAGUCUGCUUGGAUACUUCUCCUCCUAUAUUCUAUAUGAAUGAUACUUCCCACAGGAUAAUCAACCUUGUUGAGAAGUUGAACCAAUUUGAAGGAGAACCCCAGGUAGCCUACACAUUUGAUGCAGGACCUAAUGCUGUGUUGAUUGCUAAAAACCGAAAAACUGCAAGCCUUCUGCUUCAGAGGCUACUUUUUUACUUUCCCCCACCAACAGGCAGUGAAUUAACAAGCUAUUUAUUGGGGGACAAAUCGAUACUGCAAGAAUCUGGUGUGCAGUCCAUGAAGGAUGUUGAAGAUUUGCAGCCCCCUCUUGAAACCAAAGACAAGACAAUGGUUCAAAAGUACGUCGGAGAUGUCAGUUAUUUCAUCUGCACUAAAAUUGGCAGAGGUCCGACACUGCUUGCGGAUGAAGGUCAAGCCCUGCUUAGUUCUGAAACCGGGCUUCCGAAGUGAGUUAAUUCUGUAGAAUAACUAUCAACAAUGGCAUUCCCUUAAUAAAGUCAUCAAAGUGUAUCUCUUAUUAGUCAGCCUUUUGGGGUGUUGUUCUCUAAGCUCUGUUGUAAUUUGAUGAACUGAAUCUUGUUGGUACUGAGAAUUGAAUGUUCUAUUUCAUUUUGUUGUUAUACAACUUGUUUUA